AUGCUGCUGCUGCUACCCGAGGGACAAUGGGCCCUGGAGGAAACCCUCAUGAACACAAAGUGGGUGACAUCUGAGCUGGCGUGGACACCCCAUCCAGAAACUGGGUGGGAGGAGGUCAGUGGCCACGAUUCGUCCACGAACCCCAUCCGGACCUACCAAGUGUGCAACGUGCGCGAGUCCAACCAGAACAACUGGCUGCGGACGGGCUUCAUCCGCCGGCGAGAGGUGCAGCGGGUGUACGUGGAAAUCGAGUUUACGGUUCGGGACUGUAACAGCAUCCCCAACAUCCCCGGCUCCUGCAAGGAGACCUUCAACCUCUUUUAUUACGAGGCGGACAGCGACGUGGCCUCGGCCUCGAGCCCCUUCUGGAUGGAGAAUCCCUACAUCAAGGUGGACACGAUCGCCCCCGACGAGAGCUUCUCCCGCCUGGAUUCGGGUCGCGUCAACACCAAGGUGCGCAGCUUUGGGCCCCUGUCCAAGGCUGGCUUCUACCUGGCGUUCCAGGACCAGGGGGCCUGCAUGUCCCUCCUCUCCGUGCGAGUCUUCUAUAAGAAGUGUGCCCGCACGAUUGCCAGCUUCGCCCUCUUCCCGGAGACCCUCACGGGGGCAGAGCCCACCUCCCUGGUCAUCGCUCCUGGCACCUGCAUCCCCAAUGCUGUGGAGGUCUCGGUGCCCCUCAAGCUCUACUGCAACGGGGAUGGCGAGUGGAUGGUGCCCGUGGGGGCUUGCACCUGUGCUGCUGGCUAUGAACCUGCUGCCAAGGAGACUCAGUGUCAGGCCUGUCCCCCCGGGAGCUUCAAGGCGAAGCAGGGAGAGGGGCCCUGCCUCCCCUGCCCCCCCAACAGCCGCACCACCUCGGCGGCCGCCACCAUCUGCGUGUGCCACAACAACUUCUACCGCGCCGACUCGGACACGGCCGACAGCGCCUGCACCACCGUGCCGUCCCCCCCCCACAGCGUGAUCUCCAACGUGAACGAGACGUCGCUGGUGCUGGAGUGGAGCGAGCCGCGAGAGCUGGGCGGCCGCGACGACCUGCUCUACAACGUCAUCUGCAAGAAGUGCCAGGGCGGGGCCGGCGCGCCGGGCCCCGCCUCCUGCUCCCGCUGCGACGACAACGUGGAGUUCGUGCCGCGCCAGCUGGGCCUCACGGAGCGCCGCGUCCACGUGAGCCGCCUGCUGGCCCACACGCGCUACAGCUUCGAGGUGCAGGCGGUCAACGGGGUCUCGGGCAAGAGCCCCCACCCGCCGCGCUACGCCGCCGUGAACAUCACCACCAACCAGGCCGCGCCGUCGGAGGUGCCCACCAUGCGUCUACACAGCAGCUCAGGCAGCAGCUUGACCCUGUCCUGGGCGCCCCCCGAGCGGCCCAACGGCAUCAUCCUGGACUAUGAAAUGAAGUACUUUGAAAAGAGCGAGGGCAUCGCGUCCACAGUGACCAGCCAGAGGAACUCGGUUCAGCUGGACGGGCUGCGGCCGGACGCCUGUUACGUGGUUCAAGUCCGAGCGCGCACCGUGGCUGGCUAUGGCCAGUAUAGCCAGCCCGCCGAGUUCGAGACCACGGGGGAGAGAGGUCCAGGCACCCAACAGCUCCAGGAGCAGCUGCCCCUCAUCGUGGGUUCCGCCACUGCCGGGCUGGUCUUCCUCGUGGUGGUGGUCGUCAUUGCCAUCGUCUGCCUCAGGAAGCAGCGCCAUGGCUCUGACUCGGAGUACACCGAGAAGCUGCAGCAGUACAUUGCCCCUGGCAUGAAGGUUUACAUUGACCCCUUCACUUAUGAAGACCCCAACGAGGCGGUGAGGGAGUUUGCCAAAGAGAUCGAUGUCUCUUGCGUCAAGAUUGAAGAGGUCAUCGGAGCGGGGGAAUUCGGAGAGGUGUGUCGGGGCCGGCUGAAGCAGCCGGGCCGCCGGGAGCUGUUCGUGGCCAUCAAGACGCUGAAAGCCGGCUACACGGAGAGGCAGCGGCGGGAUUUCCUGAGCGAAGCCUCCAUCAUGGGCCAGUUCGACCACCCCAACAUCAUCCGCCUCGAGGGAGUGGUCACCAAGAGCCGGCCCGUCAUGAUCCUCACGGAGUUCAUGGAAAACUGCGCCCUGGAUUCUUUCCUUCGGCUCAAUGACGGGCAGUUCACCGUGAUCCAGCUGGUGGGCAUGUUACGGGGCAUCGCGGCGGGCAUGAAGUACCUGUCGGAGAUGAACUACGUCCACCGCGAUCUGGCUGCCCGCAACAUCCUGGUCAACAGCAACCUGGUCUGCAAAGUGUCCGACUUCGGCCUCUCGCGGUUUCUGGAGGACGACCCCGCGGACCCCACGUACACCAGCUCCCUGGGCGGGAAGAUCCCCAUCCGAUGGACGGCCCCCGAGGCCAUCGCCUAUCGGAAGUUCACGUCGGCCAGUGACGUCUGGAGUUACGGCAUCGUCAUGUGGGAAGUGAUGAGCUACGGCGAGCGGCCCUACUGGGACAUGAGCAACCAGGACGUGAUCAAUGCUGUGGAACAAGACUACCGCCUGCCACCCCCCAUGGACUGCCCCACCGCCCUGCACCAGCUCAUGCUGGACUGCUGGGUGCGGGACCGGAACCUGAGGCCCAAGUUUGCCCAGAUCGUCAAUACCUUGGACAAGCUGAUCCGGAAUGCCGCCAGCCUGAAGGUCAUCGCCAGCGUCCAGUCCGGGGUGUCGCAGCCCCUGCUAGACCGGACUGUCCCUGACUACACCACCUUCACCACGGUUGGGGACUGGCUGGACGCCAUCAAGAUGGGACGGUACAAGGAAAGCUUCGUCAGUGCUGGUUUUGCCUCCUUUGACCUCGUUGCCCAGAUGACGGCGGAGGACCUGCUCCGGAUUGGAGUGACUUUGGCCGGACACCAGAAAAAGAUUCUCAGUAGCAUCCAGGAUAUGCGAUUGCAAAUGAAUCAGACGUUGCCUGUGCAGGUCUGACCCCCUCACCCUGCCCCGGAUGCCCCCGGGGUGGCCCAGGAACUCUGAAUGGCCGGACACUCGGACGUUUGGGUGCUUGGCCAAGGGCUGCGGCCCAAAGUUCACAAUGUGUCGGGGGACCAGCGGAAGCCCCCCACAGUGGCCCGUGUUCCCUCCGUGGGCAACAGCAGGGCCAGGACGCUUAGGACGGACGCCACCUCUUCAUAUUGAAGAUGGAUUAGGGGAUGGGGGUUGUGCCACCCCCCGUCCCCCAUGGGGCCCAGGCCUCCCUGCUCCCAGACAGGGGGGUGCCCCCAUAGCCUCAGACUUGGGUGUUCCCCACGCUGGAGUGACUGCCGUGGUGAGCCUGGGGGUGCUCCAGCCUGGAUCAGGGCCCCCCAGGGAGGCAAAAAAGAAAAAGCAUCUCCUCUCUCAGAAACUGGAGGGGGAAAAGCUUCAGGGAGUGAGGGCAUGUACGGGACACCCCACCCCUGCUCCAGAGCCAGCCGUCAUCACCGCGAGUUUGCACAGGGACUCUUUGGGGAGGGGGAGGACCCGGCUCCUUCCUGAUACCUCCCAGCCCCCCUCCUUCAGCCUGAUUGGUGCUGAGGCUGGCUUCCAAAUCGGGGAGGGGGCCAGCCGAGGAGCAGACCCCCUGCCCCUUAGAGACUCACAGAGCCAGAGAAUGGAUGUCUGGGUGUCUGCUAUGCGUGCUAGCCCUCCUGCCUGGUGCGUGUGAGCAUGGGAGAGCUUGGGCCCAGCUGGGGGGGCCAUUUGGGGUGUCAGCAGAAU